CGUCUUUUUCGAUGAUGACCACACACACGGGUACUUCAACGUCUCCCUCCUCGACAACACACGGGAGAAUCGCGCCAUGAUGUUAUCCUUCCAGGACGUUGUGCGUGAUAUGAGGCAAUGGUGGAUCGACAACAACAGGGUCGAGGCACCCAAAGCUAAGGUCAGUGAGAAAGAUGCCGUCGCCGUUGCACAUCAGAAAAAGUGGCAGAAAUUUCUGAGGGCCUGCAUGGGGAAAGCGUGUGACAAGGCGUUCGUGAAACAGACACUCGACAACAAAGACAGCAAGGAUUGGAGUAACAAACUCCAGGGGUACCUGAACCUCGCCACGUCCACCCGCACGGUUUGGCCGCUGGUGGAGAAGUUCUUCGCGAUGUUCGAGGAGGGUAAGCUGCCAAUCGGCGACGGCAAGAUCCCACUUGAGAUGUCGGGGAGGAUGGAAGGGCGCCUGCCCGUCCCGUACACUGACGAGAACAAGGGACAACGGACUUUGUACCACUGCAUAUAUGCGAGAGAUGGUCCCAACGGCUCCACUGUGUUCUGGAAGGAUUUGUGUCCUACGUACUUCAAGAACUUCGGGGACAUGACAUGCCGUGAGAGAGAAGUCGUGCUACUCCUGCUCAUGUCGGGGAAAGUGGUGGCAACAAAAGUGAGAGUCACACCUCCGAGGGUGAACACAGAGUGCCUCCUCGACAUUAUGCGCAAGGAGAGAUACAUGGUCCGCAUGUUCAACUACGCCGUGUUUCACGCCGAGGGAAGGGUAGAGGACGAAUGGAACGACGACUUCUUCAUGUCGUACAAGGACUUGGAAGAGAGGUAUGCUUCAAACGGGCUAUGCGCAUAUGAAUGGGAGAAGGAACGAGAGAAGCUGCAUAGCAACUUAGUGAAGACGAUCCCUCGGCGACUUGGAGGAGUGGAGGAGGCAAGGCAAGGUGCGGGCUUGGGGCAUAUAGAAGUGAUGUACAAUGAGGCUCCGUUUCACUUCAAUGUCUUUAUAUACACCGCGAUCGAUAAGCUCGAUAUGCUUCGAGCUGAGGUGAAACGGAUCGCCUUCAGUGCAUGCCAUCUUGUGUGGGACAAACUCGGCAGGCAGACCACAUUGCUUCAUGUAUGCAUGCGGUCAAAGGAGGUUAUGGCGGCGCCCGUCGACAUCGUCGUCGCCGCACAAAAAAUGGCAUGCAGGACCGCCAUCGUGGACAUCUCGGCCGCGAAUUUCAGCAAUGCAUGGACCUCGCAGGACUUCGAUGCACUGUACACAAUGAUGGCGAAGUGUUCUGGUCCAAAUUGGGUCCUCUUCUUCUUUGCACCGCAGAAUGUGCAAAGCGAUGUCUUGCGUCAAUUGUACCGUUGGGAGGACAUCGAGCUCAUCCCCGGGUCAUGGAAACGCUUGGACAGGCCGCCGAGCGACGUCAAAGGUACGACAUGCAGGGGGGUCCCACUGUUUUCACAAUAUUGAGGACAUGACGACGGACGAUGAGGAUGGGGUAAAAGGCGGAAAGGGCGUGAGCGAUCCCACACGUGCAGAAAAUGAGGGGUGAGACAGGGAAUGAACUUGAGGGGAAUCC